CUUUUACAUAUGAGAUUUAGUUAAUUAACAGCUAAUCUUCAUGUGAACCUCAUUUGGGAGAGAUGGAUUUAAUGCACAACGACAAACAAAAAACUCUUGGUUUUCGAUUCUCUACCCUUUCGCGCUUUGUCAAAAGUUGAUCUGGAACCAGCAAAAACUGGAGUACUAGAAUGGAAAUGAACGGCAUGUGCGGAGCAAGUGUUUCUGAUGAUGAUUCAGAGGCAAAGUCAAAAUUACUUGUUGAAGUCUCAUCUAAUGGAGUACUAGGAACAGCAAGUGAAAUUUUAAUGAGAACGGAAUUGGAUUUGGCUUGUUCUUCUGAGAAGCUAGUUAACUUAAAUGUGCUUAUGAUGCAUGUGGCAACUAGAGAAACUGAUUUUGAAGCAUUUGCAUCAGAUAAACAAUACACAUUAGAUGACUCUCCUCAUAAGGCUGCCCUGGAAUUUGAUCUCCUAUCAGGAAUUUUGGAUUCAGAGGUGGAAGAGCUGGAUAGAUCCAUGGAUAUGCUGCAAAGAGAAGUUGCCAAUGUACGUGAAAUGAUUUCUUCCUGCAAACACUCUGGAGAUACUUUCCUGGAGGCGGAAGAAAAGUUACGUGAUUCUGAAGAAACAUUGAAGCAGUCACAGUAUCAAAUAUCAGACAUCAGGAUGCAAUCUUCCAAGUUCCACAGGAUAUUGUCAUGUCAGGAUGGAUCAGAAGAAGGUCGGUUUUUUAACAUGAACAAAAACCUAAAUACUGCUGAACAACAAAGACAUAUUCUGAGGAUGCUUGAGAAAUCUUUGGUACGAGAAAUUGAUCUUGAGCAAAAGUUGACUGAAUCGAAACAAAUUGAAGAAGAGUUUAAAGUAAGACUACCCUCUUCAGAACAAGAAGCAUUCUUUAUGCAGGAAGAAGCGACAGAUGUUUGUGAGAGAUGGUUUGAGGCAGAGAAUACCAGAGAGGUUAUGAGGGGAAUUUCAAAAGAUUUGUUUGGUCAACUCCAGAUUGCUCAGUUUAAUUUAAAUGGCUCAGCUCAUCGAGAAUCUCAGUUAAUCUCGAAGCUUGAGGAUUCAAAACAAGAAUUUUAUGAAGCCGAAAGAAGGGUAAAAACUGCAGAAGCCAAAUGUAAAUCAUUAGGGGAGACUUGCAAGGAACUAAAUGAAGAGCUUAAAGUCACCCGUGAUGCCUCUGAAAAGGUUAAUUCACUUGAGAGGCAGAUGAGGGAAUCUGAUAUCCGGCUACAACAUGCAGUGGCAUCCGCUGAGGCUAGUCAAGAGAAGCAAAACAUGCUGCACUCUUCAAUCCAAGAUAUGGAAAAUCUAAUUGAGGAUCUGAAGUUGAAAUUUUCAAGGGAGGAAAGCCGGGCUGACAGUGCGGAGGAUAAGUGUAUCGUAUUAUCCGAGACUUAUGCAGAUCUUAAUAAGGAACUGAGCUUUUGGAGGAGUAGAUUGGAAUGCUUGGAGGCAUCUUUGGAUCAUGCUGAGGAAACAAGAAUGGCAACUGCAAAGGAUAUUGGUCUUCAGACAAAAGUGAUAACUAAUUUGUUGAUGCAAUUAGCCAUUGAGAGAGAGCGACUUCAUAAGCAGAUAUCUUCAUUGGUAAUGGAGAACAAGAUUUUGGUAUUGAAGGUGCAGCAAACAAAAAAGACUUCCUUUGUUGUUAGUAGCCAUGAUGAUGGAAGCGAUAGUAAAGAAUCCCAUUUCGCCAAACACAAUGUGACUACUACUGCUUCUGAGUGCAAGACUGAGGAAAACGUUUCCUUCUGCGAGACAGAGGUAGCACCUACAGAUUCUGCAUCUGAGCUUGGGAGAGUGAGGAGAAUGGAUGCAGGGGUGCUUAACUUUAAGCACUUUUUAAUUGGAAUACUCUUCUUACUUAUUUCCUCAUCAGUUUACUUACUUCAAUCAGAAAAUUGAAAAAUUGCCCAAUUUGAUCAUCUUAUAAGAGUUCCACAUUUCCUGAUUAUGGGAAUUCUGCUAAUCGAGUAGGAGGGUAAUGCAGCCUGUAUGUGUGACAGUUUCAGAUUGGUCAAGUGAUCUUGAUGACGUUUCUUCUAGUCUGGUUGGACAUAUGCUGCGUAUUAUUACAAGCAAGAUCGAUCUUUCUGACUCGAUAAACGUUCGGAACUUAUCUCAGGAGACCGCUGAUUCGGAAAAGUCAGAUGAGGUGGGGAUCUUAUUUGAAGCUUUUACUGUCUUCAAGAUACAUCUGUUGACUACCAACUUCAUAUAGGAGCCACAAUGUUGAAACAAUGAUAUAUUUUACAAAUUAGUCUGGAAUUCGGUUAGGAAGCUGAUACCUUUUUUUGGUGACCGAGAAUUUUCCAGCCGAACAUGUCGAUCGAACAGCUUGGCCAACUCUAAACUUGGGCCGCCAUCCCAGCCCGCUGUGAGGAAGCUGAUACGUGAGUUUGCUAGCGCUGAAAGAAGCUAGGGUCUUUGUAUUUUCUGCAACUCUUGUUGCAACUAAAAGUUAUAUAUAUUUUGACUGAGGAUGAAAUGUUGUUCAGGGUGAAAGGUUGUCAUUUGUUGUAAACUAGAAACCUAUGGAGGAGCAAGCUCCUCGUAGCUGUUAAAAGUCUUUUUGGUGCAAUGACAAUUCAUCUGCACAGCUUCUUUUUUCUCC